AUGGGCAGGCUGGCUUCAGUGUCAGAAGAAUCUGAGGGCGGCCAGAGGCGCAUGGAGAGUGACGGUUCACCUGGGCCAACACCAGUCCUUGAGCACGAGGUGGAGAAGCUACAUGAAUUGCGGAAGCGAUUGAAGAAACUGCAGACGAUGGGGAGCAUCGACGAUGAUGGGCUUCUGGAACUGCUGGAUCUGAGGGACAAAAUCCUCAAUGGAAAGUUGAAAGACGAUGACGGCGCAAUUGGCAUUGGUCCAGACGGCUCCCGGUUUGUCCCAUACAGAAAGAAGCACAGUGGCAUAGGCAUGAUGGCAACGAUGCAGGAUGAGGAUGGCGAUGCGAUGUCUGUUGCAUCGAGGACCUCAGAGAAUGGAUUUCGGAAAAUGAAUAUGCAUCGGGAUUUGAGUGCGGAACAAGAGAUCCAGCUGCUGCGUGCUGAAAACGAGCACAUGCGGAAUGCACUCGAGUCGUAUGCUGAGCUUCCACCUUUUAGCUCAAGCGCAGUUGCCAACGGUUUUGAGCAUGCCUACAUGGAAACGAUGGGACCUGAGUCGUCCAUCUCAUACAGCCACGACCAAGAUGUGUGGCCUCUGCAACAACGCACGGGGGACUCGGCCACAUCAGGGGGUGGCAAGCUGAAGUCCAGGCUUGGCAGAAGACUGAGCAAAGCCUUCUCAUGGCGGAAGCGCGACAAGUCCAAUAAGUUCUUGAUGGACUACCAGACGAAUGAAGAUGAGGACGUCCCCAACAUUGUGAUCCUAAAUUCUCUGACACAUGACCAGCUCCUGGAGCUGCUGAAGGCGCGCAAUGCGCAGGGUAGCGAAGCAGGGGACCAGCUGCGUGAUGCUGAAACUGGAAGCCAAUAUGGCACUGGGCAGUCGGUGAGGAGUCAGUCGGUCAAGAGCAUGGCGUCGUCAGGAAUGGACACAUCAACGGAUGUUGGCAUGGAUGCCAGAGAGGUGGACCACGAAAGCUCCAUGAGAGACCUCGAGGUUGUGUGA